AUGGCGGUUGGUGACGUGAAUCUGAAACAGGACAUGCAGCAGCUGAGAGACGUGUUGCGGCAAGAUAUACAGCAGCUCAUGGACAAUCAGACCAUGGCUAUUGAACGACUUGUGAAGGGGCAGCCUUCUCCCCGAGCGAAACUCUUGACAGUUCCUGGAAAGAAACCGCAAGAUUCCCUGCGAAAGGGGGACCAGAACCGUGCGAAAGAGCAUCCGAUGAGCGUGCGACCGAAUCCUACAAUAGAUGAAGACUUUGCACUGGAAGACACCGAAGUGCUCACCGAUGUCGUGCCAGCGAUGAAGUUGCAACUAUCACCGCUGAAGGAUGGUGGUUGGGUUGGCACAAGUGGUUCCGAACCAUAUGGUGCAGCAGCUUCUGACGCAUCCAGCCCACGGUCCCGGCAAUCGAUGUUCCAGCGUUUCAAGACAGGAGUACACGACUUCAUGAGUACAGAUGGAGAAAAAGAACAAGCAGUGCCAAAAGCGCAGAAGGAUCAGAAGGGGGCCAAGUUGCGAAGAAUGAAGAUGCCGGUCCUCUAUGCACACGAUGAGCAUGCGGAGGAUGUAAAGCUCGACGAGGAGGCAUAUGAUGUGAUGAACUUCUACAAGCAGCAUGGCAUUGCGCAAAAGCUUGCCCGCAGCGAUAUUUUCGAACGCGUCACUCUCGGGGUGAUUUGCAUCAAUGCUAUUUACAUUGGUGUGGAUGCAGACAAGAAUACCGCCGCCACCCUUAUUGACUCAACUUGGCCGUAUCAGCUCUGCGACCAUCUCUUCUGCAUUUAUUUUGUGUUUGAGCUUGCAGUGCGUUUUGCGGCCUUUGAGAGCAAACGUAACUGUUUGCGGGACGUGUGGUUUAUUUUCGAUGCCGUUCUGGUGGCUAUGAUGGUAUUCGAGACCUGGCUGCUGAGCAUCAUCCUCCUGAUUGCAGGAGGUGGUGGAGGAUCACUACAGACAGGGCCUUUGAGAUUGCUUAGACUGCUCAGGCUCUCUCGCUUGGUGCGGCUGUUGCGCUCGCUUCCGGAGCUGUUGACUUUGGUCAAUGGGAUGCGAGCUGCCUCUCGUGCAGUGACCUCCGCAUUGAUGUUGAUCAUUGGUUUGAACUACGUGUUUGCCAUCAUUAUAAACAUGUUCCUGUCUGACGUCACUGAAUCAGAGAAUAUUGUAGCAAAGUUCUCGACGUUAGGGCUUUCGAUGUGGAGCCUUGCGUUGCACGGAACCUUUGCAGAUGGCAUCGCAGACAUCAUGGAGGACAUUCGAGCACUUGAGACUCUAGGCUACGACUGGGUCUUGGGGUGGUCAAUGAUUUCGGUGUUCUUCCUCUACGUGCUGCUCACCAAUAUCACUGUAAUGAACAUGUUGAUCGGUAUUGUUUGUGAAGUCGUUGCUGAAGUCAAGCAGAGGGAUGAGAAGAAUUCAGCAGUUGACUACUUGAAGCGGAACUUGCGAGAGUUGCUGAUUGAACUGGACAACGACCAAAAUGGCCAGAUUUCGAAAGAAGAGCUGCAGAGUGCGAGGCAAAUGCCAAUGGCAAAGGAUGUGCUCAAGGAGCUGGGUGUGGACUUGGAAGAUUUGCUGGUUCUGACAGAGCCGCUCUUUGAACAAGAUUUUGAUGAAGGCCGUGAGCAAGAAGUCACAAGGGAGGAACUUCUGAACAUUAUUCUGGACAUGCGCGGUGAUCGAGAUGUUCGGAUGGAGGACAUUGUGAGGAUGCGAUGUGACAUGCGGCGCUAUUUGUCCAGGCAGUUCCAACAGUUGGGUGGCCAGUAUGAUGGCGAGGGUGAGUGA